AGCUGACGUCUGUUUCGGGACAGGUGGAUUCUCCGGUUUGACGAGCCACUGUUGUUCUCACAACAAAAGGGAUCCGAACCGGAGAAACGCUGUAAUUUCUCUACGGAACGCAAACAUGGACACGUCACCGUAAAUUUAAACAGUUUGCACUCAUUUUUAGUGUUAAUUUUAGCGGCUUUUGUGUGAAAACAAUGUCCCAGGGAGAACGGAGAAAUUCAGGAAAAUACUGCGCAGUCACAGUUUAAUGGGAGCGGUGACCUGAGCAGAUAUGCCAGCUGACGACAAGGUUGCCAUCCUGACGGACGAUGAGGAGGAUCAGAAGAGGAAGUAUGUGUUGGCAGAGCCGUUUAACACCCUGUCCAUGGCGCAGCAGGAAGGCGUGUCCACGCCGGCGCCGUCCGAGCCGCUGCCGGCGCCUCAGCCUGACCCGGUGGACUGCUGCGAGAGGAUGUGCCUCCGCAUCAACAGCCACCUGCUCAUUUCUAAAGUCUUCUACUUCUUCUUCUACGCCGCCUAUGGCUCACUGCACCCCCUGCUGGCGGUCUACUACAAACAGCUCGGCAUGUCGGCCAGUCGGAGCGGCCUGCUUGUUGGCAUCCGGUACUUUAUAGAGUUCUGCAGUGCCCCCUUCUGGGGUGUAGUGGCGGACCGCUUUAAGAAAGGGAAGGUGGUGCUGCUGUUCUCCGUCAUGUGUUGGUUGGUCUUUAACUGUGGCAUUGGGUUUGUCCAACCAGCGGAGAUGAAGUGUGUUUCUAUGGCGACGGUUCCCCCACCGACCACCACUGUUCCUCCUGAGAACGUCACCAACCCGAGCAACUCCACCAACCACACCAGAAGCCGGCGGAGCGUCAUGGACUUCCCCAGGGUUCCUGAAGUCUUGCUCAGUUCCUUCAGUAUUCCCUACAGGCAACAACGAAGCAUCGACAACUCGACGUCCAUCAACGCCACUGAGGUUGCACCCAACACCACCUUACAGACCACCACCACCCCCCCGACUACAACCAGCAAGAAGGACUAUGAGAUCAUCUACAACCAGGACCAGGUGGAGAACAUCUUCCUGCUGAUCCUGCUCGUCAUCAUUGUGGGCGAGUUCUUCAGCGCGCCCGCCGUGACCAUCGUGGACACCGUCACCCUGCAGUACCUGGGGAAGGCCCGCGACCGGUACGGCCUGCAGAGGAUGUGGGGGUCCCUGGGCUGGGGCCUGGCCAUGCUGGCGGUGGGCAUCUGGAUCGACCACACGCACAUCACCGUCCUGAUCGAUGGCAUCGGCUGCAUCCUGCCGGAGUACCGCCUGCACAACUACCGCCUCGCCUUCAUCGUCUUCGGCGUGCUGAUGGGUGUGGCCUUCGUCGUGGCAACUCAGUUCUACUUUGAGAAGGGCGAGGAGUACCGUCAGGAGCUGCCGGAGGUGGUGGAGGACUCGGCGAGUGGCCAGGCCUCCCCAGACUCCGGCUCGUCGGACCAGACUCCGGCGGUGUCCGAGGCCACCCAGGAGUUCCACUACGGCGACCUGCUGAGGCUGCUGUGCACGGUGCGCUACAGCUCUGUUCUCUUUGUCGCCUGGUUCAUGGGCUUCGGCUACGGCUUCGUCUUCAGCUUCCUGUACUGGCACCUGGAGGACCUUGAGGGGACCACCACGCUGUUCGGGGUCUGCUCCGUCCUCAGCCACAUCUCCGAACUCGGCGCUUACUUCACCAGCCACAAGUUCAUUGAGCUUGUUGGUCACGUCAGGGUUCUGUACAUCGGCCUGGCCUGCAACACAGCGCGCUACCUGUACAUCUCCUACCUGGAGAAUGCCUGGAUCGUCCUGCCCAUGGAGGUCCUGCAGGGAGUGACCCACGCCUCGGUCUGGGCCGCCUGCAUCUCCUUCCUGAGCGCCGCCGUCCCCCCAGCGCUCAGGACGUCGGCUCAGGGGAUCCUGCAGGGCCUCCAUCUGGGCCUGGGCCGGGGCUGCGGCGCCAUGGUGGGCGGCGUGUUUGUCAGCUACUUUGGCGCCGCGGCCACGUUCAGAGGAAUCGGCAUGGCCUCCCUGGUCAUCCUCCUCGUCUUCUCCUUCAUCCAGUGUCUGACUGGAGAGAUCGAAGGAAAAGAGGACAGGAUUCUGGCAGAGAACAUCCCGGUUCCCUCCAGCCCGGUCCCCAUCGCCACCAUCGACCUGGUGCAGAGCCAGAGCGCCCCCGGCAGCCCGGUGGCGCCUCGGCCGGUCGCCACGGCGCCCGUCAGGAAAACCAAACACCAGGAGGACCAGGAGGACGUGACCAGGCCGGCCUGGGUGCUCUCCGGCGCCCCCUGGGUCACCAUCGCCUUCGCGCUGGUUCAGAUCAGAGAGAUGAUGAACAUGAAGAAGAGAGCCCCCCCUGCACAAAAUCAGCCACUACAGGCUCCUAGCGGCCCGGCGACGACUGAGUACGAGGCGGUGGCCACGUCCCAGGGAGAGCAGAGCCAGGAGCCGGACUCCAUCUGCCCGGAUCCUCCUGAAUGAAGUGUUAAACCUCAUCACCAGACUUUAAACACUGUAUUUAUAUAUUUAUGUAAAAUCUCACGCUCCAGGAAAUGCCUGGAAGCUUAAGUUAUUGAAGGUUUUUCUCUUUUCGUUCAGUUUUUCCAGCAGUAACUUGAAGCGGAGGUGCUUGUUGUGGUUUAAACUCCUGCAGGUGAAUAAAUCCAACGCACCUUCUCCUCCCUGUGCACUGUAUUUACUGCCGCUGGACUGUGAAGGAAAUGUGCUUCUUCCUAGAGGAUGUUUCAGUAAAUUCAUCUGGGUCGUAUUCAACGUUUAAAAGAAGUGAUGAAAAGAGAAUUAACGGUUUUGUUUUCCUGCAGACUGGCUGCUAGAAACAGCAAACUGGUUUCAACCUACUGGUUCUAUAAAUCUGUUCUUCAUCAUGGAUGCUAACUUAAUACUUUAUAUGGCUUUGUUAUUUUUUGAUAAUAAAUAAUGUGAGGACUGACGUUUAACCACUGAUGAAGCAUUAAUUUAACUCAGUUUGGCUGCAGGCCUGAAAGUAAUCUUUAAAGAUGAGCAGAAAUGUUAAAAAGUUGCAGUUGUUUUAAGGUUUGAUGUCUGGAUAGAAGAAAAACGAGAUCAAAAAUAGUUGAUACUUGCCAGUAGUCCCCAUCUUACCUGCAGUAGUCAUGUUUAUCAGUGUGCAGAACAACUUCAUGUCGCUAACAUGUCAGCAGAUUGAUAAUUUAUGGUUAUAGAUUAUCGUUAAUCUGUUCAUUUGCAUCAUUUCGUAUAAAUGAACCGACAGGAACGUAAAUCUGACCAGGAUGUUUCAGCCUGUGGUGAUUUUACACUUUACUGAGUUAAAAUGAAAAACACUUUGUGCUUUUUAUAACCUGGGGUUAUGCGAGUAGCUAUGAGUCGUCACUAUUUUACCUGCUGCAGACUCAGAUUUUAUCAGUUCAUUCCUGAUUUAAAUUAUCCUAAAGGAGGAGGAAGACUGCUGGCUGCUUUUAACUUCAUUAAUUAAAUCAAAUCAAACUGAAAGAUUUUUAAACAUUUACAUGUUUAGACCGAAGCUGUGCUGAAUCCAUCCUCACUGUGAUCCUUACAGGUAUUUUCUAGCAUAUUUCCUCAUUGUAAAUGAAGUAAACUGUGGAUAGAAAACAAAAGAAAGGUUAAUUAAUUUUGUUUUUUGGAGGAAAAGUGCCUGAGCUGAGUUUUUAUAGGACAAAUAAAUAACAGUUUAGUGAAAAAUAAAUCAAAUUUUGUGGCAAAACAUUAAAAAAA